UAUGAAACCGACCCAAUGGAAGACAAAUAAGAACCUGAAAGCAUAAACCGUCCGCGUUCAUUAGCUGUUAUCUAUUCAUACAUUCCAAUCCAUCCAUAUCCUAUAAAUUACUCCCAAGAUUUAGCAAGAACAGCCUAUACAUCUGUAAACCUUAAUUGGCUUUAUCCAGCAAAACACUUAAAUCUCUUCCUCUGUCACCGGCGCCUUUAAAGCCACAACGUGGUGACAUAUUAUAUCCUCCCUCUUGCCUCUACCUCGUUGUCCCCAUCAUCCCACGCUAUUAUUGUUGUACUAGUUGCAUUUUUUGGUUCAAAACGAGAAGGACAAGAGGAAGAAGAAGAUAGAAAGUGAAAAAGAAAAUUGAGAAAUAUGGGGAUAGGGAAAGAAAGUGCUACAUUGGAAGAUUUUCUUGAAAAGGCAGGUGGUUGUGCGGUCCUGGAUGGUGGUUUUGCUACUCAACUGGAGAGGCAUGGUGCCACCAUUAAUGACCCUCUUUGGAGUGCUCUUUGCCUGAUCAAAGACCCUCAUCUUAUCAAAAAGGUACACCAGGAGUAUUUGGAAGCAGGUGCAGAUAUAUUGGUCACUUCAUCUUAUCAGGCUACUAUUCCGGGAUUCCUGUCAAGGGGACUAUCCAUUGAAGAAGCAGAGACUCUGUUAAGAAGAAGUGUGAAAUUGGCUGUUGAAGCCCGGGAUAAGUUUUGGGACGCCAUUAAAACGAAUCCCUACCAAAACCGUACUAAAGCUUUAGUUGCAGCCUCCAUUGGAAGUUAUGGCGCUUAUCUUGCGGAUGGGUCAGAGUACAGUGGGAAUUAUGGGCCGGAUGUGAAUCUGGAUAAGCUCAAGGAUUUUCAUAGGCGAAGACUGCAAGUUCUUGUGGAAGCAGGAGCUGAUUUACUUGCCUUUGAAACCAUUCCUAACAAGUUAGAAGCUCAGGCGUGCGCAGAACUUCUUGAAGAGGAGAAUGUACAGAUUCCAUCUUGGAUCUGUUUUAGCUCUGUAGAUGGCAAGAAUGCUCCAUCAGGAGAGAGCUUCAAUGAAUGUCUAGAUGUAUUAAACAAAAGUAACAAAGUUACUGCAGUAGGGAUUAAUUGUGCUCCGCCUCAUUUUGUCCUAGCCCUGAUUCAGAAAUUCAGAGAGUUAACUGGGAAGGCCAUAGUAGUGUAUCCCAACAGUGGGGAGAUAUGGGAUGGUGUAGCUAAAAGGUGGCUGCCAUCAAAAUGCUUUGACGAUGAAAAAUUUGAGUUGUUUGCUACAAGAUGGCGCGACGCAGGAGCUAAACUCAUCGGUGGCUGUUGUCGGACCACGCCUGAUACUGUUCGUGCCAUCUCAAAGGCCCUCAAAGAAAGGUCCUGAUGCCUCCUCAGUUCAAAGGGUCACCGUCAAAGACAUUGCUCCACCAAUACUCUUCCCUUAUGAUUCAUGAAAUGAUAGCUUUGUUCCACUUAUUCUUUUUAAUUUAUAUAGCUGUUAGUCUAGCUGCAUAAUUCCGGGCAAGGGAUAGGAGGGGAUGAUGAGCAGUGGGCAAUCUUUAGGAACUUCUGUAACCUCAUAGUCUUAGUCCAAAAGGGGUGCAAAGAAGUACAGUUAUCCUUUAGGAUUACGUGUUCAUUUAUUCAACUUAGAAAUACUGCAUGACUUCUUGUAGUUGAAAAUGAAAUCAUGGACAGCUUCAAUCA